GUUAUUCUUCCGUCCAUUCUAGAUAUCUUCCACAAAUAUGAUGUGUCCCGCGAUCAGACCCUCGAAGUGGCCGAGUUUGUACCUCUUGCGUAUGAGAUCAGCCGAAAACCAGUUGACACUGCUGAAGAGAUCUUCAAGCGCAUGGAUCUUAAUCACGAUGGAACCAUCGAUCUCAACGAAGCAGCCAUUGCACGAAAAGAGCACGGUGCUGGGGUCAUUGAUGGCGUGCUAGCUGUUGCUGAUGUUAACAACGAUGGGCAACUGUCUUAUGAGGAGUUUAAAGCUCAACUUAACUACAAUAAGCCGAAGAGUAGAAAAGAGGCUAAUAAGGAGAUGGCUUACCAAGUGUUGAAUUAUAUUGAUCAAAACAGAGAUGGGAAACUAUCGGCACAAGAAAUCCGCAAUUUCGCCUCGGCCUAUAACAAG